AUGUGCGAGGUCCACUGCCGGCGCCCCUGCGCGAAGGUGCUCUUCCCGGAGGGCCACGCGCUGUUCCUGGGCGCGUGGCCGUCCGGGCCGCGGGGGGUGCUGGUGGACGAGGACGGCGACGCCCACAGGUUCGAGCUGCGCGACGCCAUGCCCCAGUGCGGCCACAACUGUCCAGCCGCUGGUGGGACCUCCGAGGUGACGCUAGACCUGGACGACCUCGGUCCCGCGCCGCCCGCGGUGAAGAUGCGCCGCGGGUUGGGGGGCUGGGGCUUCGUGGUGGCGGAGAGGGACGAGGCCCGCCCCGGGCCGCGAGGGGCGAACGCCUCCGCACGGUCAGGGCGUCGGAAGCAGGGCCGCGUUGGGCUCGGGAGGGGCUCGGGUCUUCGGGCUCCGCCCCCCUUCCAGGCCUCCCGGGUGGGGUCGGAGUAA